ACUAUUACUACCGUGUUUUUUGCAGUACUAUUAACCUCUGUUCUUUAGUUGCUUCCUCGCCGAGAAUGGUGCUGCGCUGGGAGCCGCUGCGGCCUGCAGGCCCUGCCGUCAAGAACCACACAGCCACGGCCGUAUCUGCUCAUGAAUUGCUGAUGUUUGGCGGCUACGACGGCCGUCGCAAUCACAACACCUUGCACCUGUUGGACGUGACUCGACGGACAUGGCGCGAGCUGUCACACGAGACGCGCGGCAGACCGCCGGCUGGCCGCAAUGGACACACGGCGACGCUGGCUGAGAGAAAGCUGUUUAUCCUUGGUGGCUGGCUGGGCAGUGGUCCAUUGGCGGCGGCCGACCUGCACGUGCUGCACUUGGACACGCUCACCUGGGAACAGCCCGAGUUGACUGCUGCACUCGGCCCGUGCAAUAUGCAUACAGCUGACUACGUUGCCCGCCUGCGCAGCAUCCUGGUCUUUCGAGGCGGUGAUGGCCGCGAAUACCUCAACGACCUCCACGCACUACAGAUCGACUCCAUGACGUGGACCACCGUACGCACUCGCGGCCGCGCGCCGGCUCCACGGGCCAACCACAGCUCAGCGCUGGUCGGUGACGACCUGCUCGUCUUCGGGGGUUGGGACGGUCGACAGAGACUUAACGAUAUCCACGUGCUGGACACACGGAGCAUGACGUGGUCGGGCGUGGCCGACGAGUUCAGGGUCGAUACAAGGCACUACGUGACCCCGCCGCUGCCUCGAGCUGGUAUGACCAUGGCCCGCCACCGAGAUCGACUAUUCAUCUUCGGAGGCUCUGGCCCGUCGGCUAAAUGCUACGACGACCUCCAUGUGUACGACCCGAGUAGACAUCAGUGGGUGGAGACUGUGGCUGUAGUCACGGCCGAGAACCCAGACGAGCUGAAACGGAGACAGAGCUUUCGAUCCAGUCGUAGUCGCACACGGUCGCAGCCGCGAUGGGAUAUUUACGAGGACGAGGAUCAGCAAGAUGGCAGUUGGUCUGGAAACGACGCAGAGGAGUUUGAUGAAGAUCUAGAUAGUGACGAGGAGUUUGAAGAUGCCCAUAGCGAUCGAGAGGCUAUGAUGGUGGCACAAGGGCUGGUCAAUGACUCCUGCGACUCGGCCAACCCAAACGAAAUGUGUGAAUUCUCAGAUGCGGAGAUACCAAAGCGGGAAGAACCCCUGUUAGUAGUAGGAAGGGGCCCUGGACGGCGAGCUGGACACACGUGCACUGUGGUGGAUCGCAUGCUCGUGAUAUUUGGAGGCUCCUGCGGUGCUGACUACCUUAAUGACUGCUUCACAUUAGACACAGACCCACCUCCGCGAGCUUCUGUAUCUCUUCCAUCGCCAGCAAGAAUGCUACGCCAUGCGCUCGCUCAAUAUGUUAACUGCGAGGAGUUCGCCGAUAUUUCCUUCCUUGUCGAAGGGCGCGUAGUAUAUGCACACAAACUGGUCCUGUCAGCACUGAGCGAGCGAUUCCGAGGAAUGUUUUCUUCUGGUUUCCGCGAAGCUCGAGAAACUCAAAUUGUGAUUCCAGACGUGCGCUAUGAUGUUUUCUUGUUGCUACUCGAGUAUCUCUACACCGGUCACAUCGAAACACACGAUGAUGCAUUUGCUAUGCGCUCGAGCGCUCAAGAAGCUGAUCAAGAGCUGGACUUCGUGAGCAACAGCAUAGCAGCAUGUCCACAGUCUGCAGACGGACUCAACGAGAUCGAAGAAGCUCGUCGCAGAGAAACGGAACAAGCUCAGGCUCUGGAUUUGAGGUUGGAAAUGGAACUCGAGUCUUUAUUGGAGCUGCUCGUGGCUGCCGAUCAAUUCAUGCUGGACCACCUAAAACAACGCUGUGAGCGGACACUGCAGUACGCAGUGCGCGUCGGAAGUGUCGAGGCCAUUGCAGAAGCAGCUGACCGUGCCAAUGCUGUCCAGUUGCAGGCAGUAUGUCGACACUUCCUACGCAACCACUCGAUAGCCCUAUCGUCUUCCGUACACUCGAACGAACGCUGUUCAUUCGACGGAGAAGACGAGGAUGAGGAGGAUCUGGACGAAAUGAAAGCUCAAGCUCCUCACGAUGGAGAUGUGGACGAAUCCACGUCACGACUGAGUCGCGCCGCGUUGUUAUGAGACGGUCAUUGUGCUGCUGGCGCGCUUGGUUGGUCGCUGAACACUAGUUAAACUUAUUUUGCAAAAUGCCACUUUGAUUAUGGUGUCUCUAGCUAUUGACAAACAUUUACACACAUACUUAUUAGCCAAAACUGCACGCACUUGGGACUCGUUAAUGAUAGUAGCGUGACUGCCCAUGGGCACGCGAGCCAUUGGAAUAUCCUG